GCUGCUGAGGAAGAAGCGGCGAGAGAAGGACGGCCACAAAGACCCCCUGCUGGCCGAGGUCGGCCGGCUGCAGGAUGACGUCAUGGGUCAGAUCUCCAGCCUGCGUCGCGAGCACGAGGCGGCCGAGAAGAGCCGCAACGAGAUCGAGAAGAUCGCGCUGAUCCUCGGCGUGCUCCCGUCCGACCGGCCGCGCAGGCCCGCCAAACCCUCCGAGGACCCGGAGGACCAACCGCCGCCGCUGGCGCCGCCAGAGAAGAAGAAACGCGAGGCCGUGGCGGCAAGGAGUCCCGAGGGACGAACCACUGUGAAGGCAUCUUCAUCAUCAUCAUCGUCUACGUCUUCGGUGGCAGCGGCGCUGUCUUCGGCGAGAGCGUGCCCGGACAAACCGCCCGCCGACACCCCCGCUCAGGCUCCGCCCCCGGAGCCGUUUGAAUACUACGACGCUGGAAACCACUGGUGCAAAAACUGUAACGUCACCUCUGGUUCCAUGUUUGAUUUUUUCACGCACUUGCACAGCAAAACGCACCGAAAGACUCUGGACCCGUACGACCGGCCCUGGGCUUCCUGUCCGUCUAAAGCCGGCAAGAGCCUUCUGUCGGAGGAGAAGCUGACCAAACCGGCCAAAGGUUCAGAGUUCUUGCUGCCCGUCAGAGGAUUCUUCUGCCUGCUCUGCAAGCAGUUUUACGGAGACGCCAUCUGUGCAGAAGAGCACGUCACCACGCACGCUCACAACGAGAAGUACAAGAAACAAAUGUACGAGAACCCUCUGUACGAACAGAGGAGGAACCUGGACCGGCAGGCCGGACUAGCCUCCGAGACCAGCGGCAAGAAACGCAAACAUGAGGAGGAAGAGAAGGGCAGCAAGGACCGGGAGGACAAGUCCAAACACAAGAAGGAGAAAAGGGACAAAAAGAAGGACGACGGGAACAACGAAGACACUGUUGUUCUGAAAGAGGAGAAAGUUAAGAAGGAAGCAGAGGAGAAGUCGGGCAAGAAAGAGGAGGAUUUUAGAAAAUCCAAAAGCCUGGAAGAGGAGAGGCCUGCUUACAGCAAAAAAGACGAGGAAGACAAGUACAAAAGCAGCAAGAAGGACGAUAAAUACCGCUAUGGCCGAGAGGAAGAGGAGAGGGGUAAAUACAGAGGAAGAGAGGACGACGACGACAGGUAUAAAGCAGCAGUCUACAGAAGAGACGAAGAGUAUCGGUUCCGCUUUCGCCGGGACGAUGACGACCGAUACGACGAACGGGCCAAAUACGGACCGCGAGAAGACGAGUUUAAACACGGUAAAUAUUCGGAUUUAAGAUCCAAAUACGAGCGAGAUCGAGACGAAGGGAAACUCAAGGCGGAGAAGCAACCUUUGAAGAAGCCGGAGGCGGGAAAACCAGCAGGGAAACCGGACGUCUGCAGACCAGAGGCUCCGCCGAAGCCCUACGAACAGCCCAAAAUCUUCUCCGGGCCCAGUCCGGCCAUGAGGGCGAAGCUACGCAAGCAGAGCCAGGAGGCCGGCAAACCGGCAGCCGCGACAACCCCCGCGGCAGCCGCCGCGGCAGCCGCCACCGCCCCUACGUUCGGAAAGUUCACGUGGAAGAAGAAGGAGAACGUUCUGGCAAAGGAGGCGGAGAAAGUUGCCGCGGAGUUCAUCAAGGAGGACGAAGAGGCAGCGAAGCAGAGACUGCUCCUACCGGAGGAUUCCUUCGCUAAAUCUAUGGCCGUCGCUAAAGAGAUCGCCCAGAAGCUCGGUGGCCAGCAGCCCGUGCCGCCUCCCUGGGUGUCCAACGGCGCCAACCGGGGACGGAUCCGCCCGAACCUGCCUGGACCGGCGGCAUUCAUGAGGAAAACUGCCAUGUUGGGUAAACCAGCUCCUCUGAAUACCUUCCUCUCUAUCAGACCCCAAAACACCGGCUUACUGGAACCUGUUCCCCAAGAUCCACCACAAAUCUCUGAUGGUCUCGCAAAGGCUCUAAGUGCUCAGAACACCCUGCUGGAGAAUAAACCGCAGCCACCGAUUGGUCCACCUGGGACAUCUGAGGCUAUGCCUCCGCCAACGGUACCAAAACCUGCACCAUUCCAGGCUAAAUCGCCACCGUCUGUGACAAAACCUGCACCAUCUGAAACCAAACCCCCGGCAGCUGUGUCAGGACCUGCACCAUUCAAGGCCAGGCCCCCACCGUCGGUGUCGGGACCUGCGCCUUUUGCGGCUAAACCUCCGGCGCCAGUUUGUAACCCGGCUCCCCCGGUUUUCAAACCAGUCGAGGCAAAGCCUGCUUCGCUUGAGACUACCCACUCGCCAUCGAUGGCUAAACCGGGGCAACAAAAAAUGGUGAAGAUUGUGUCUGAUGUGGCGGCUCCCGGCGUACCGGAGAGCGAGCAGACUCGCACCGUGUUCGUCAAGCCUCCGCCGUUCAUGAAUAGGGGGGACGGAGCUCAGAAGUCUGAGAAACAUAAGACUAACCUGGCUGCAGCCAAAGCCCAGGACUUGUUCGACAUCUUCUACAGCAGCCUGGGCCAAUCGGGCGCUUCCUCCAUCACCAAACCAGCAACAGACUCUAAAGCUGAAGGGAGUAGCGCCGAUAAAAAGCCACUGCCUGUCCCAGACGCACCAAAACCUCAACCCCAACCUCAACCUCCUUCCCAAACUCAACCUCAACCCCAAACUCAACCUCCUUCCCAAACUCAACCCCAAACUCAACCUCAACCUCCUUCCCAAACUCAACCUCAACCUCCUUCCCAACCUCAACCUCCUUCCCAAACUCAAACUCAAACUCAACCUCCUUCCCAAACUCAACCCCAACCCCAAACUCAACCUCCUUCCCAAACUCAACCCCAACCCCAAACUCAACCUCCUUCCCAAACUCAACCCCAAACUCAACCUCAACCUCCUUCCCAAACUCAAACUCAACCUCAACCUCCUUCCCAACCUCAACCUCCGUCCCAACCUCAACCUCAACCUCCUUCCCAAACUCAAACUCAACCCCAACCUCCUUCCCAACCUCAACCUCCUUCCCAACCUCAACCUCCUUCCCAAACUCAAACUCAACCCCAACCUCAACCUCCUUCCCAGCCCCAACCUCAAACUGCGGUCUGUAAAUCUCCGCAACCAGACUCGCCAAGUCGGCAAACUCAGCCCGAGUCAGACAUUCAGAUUGCAUCCGUUUGGUCCUUGCAGACCACCGAAACUUCAGCCCCCAAUGUCACUCCAUCUGAAGCGCAACCAACGCAACCAAAACUGAAUCCAACAGCCCAGUUUCAGGCUAAUAUUUCGACUCCUAAAUCCCAGGUCACUCUGGCCCAGACUGUACCCCGAAACGAGCCCCCCACUCCUAAAUCUGAGUCCCAGAUCGCUGCACCCACACAUUUGGAGGUCCAGAGAGUACCCCAAAACAAAUCCCUGAGUCCUAAAUCAGAGUCCCAAAUCGCCCCAGGAACCAAUUCUGCCGAGCUGGGACCUUCCCCUCAAACUCAUUCCCAACCUCAACUGGACCAGCACGCCCAACGAGAGACCCAUCCUGACGCCGCGCAUCCAGAACCUGAGCCCAAACCGAGCCCCAAAACUCGAGGCAAGGCGGCCGCGGGGAAGAGAACGCCUCCCGCUGCCCGCCCGGUCCGACAAACCAGAUCCCAAACCAGGUACCAGACCCGGCAGCAGCAUCAGGAGAGCCCCUCCGAGACUGAGACUGAAACCAAACCAGAAGCCACUCUGGCUUUGGGAGAUUCUGACUCGGACGGCGGGUCCAGGCCCUUUGGGUCGGACACCGGUGCUGGGUUAGAGGAGCACCCCCUGAUGGAGAUCACCCCCGAGACCCUGGGCCUCCCCUCGGACAUGACCUCUCUGGACUUUGAUUACGAUUUUAACUUUGAGUAA